AUGCUCGAAGACACAAACAAGACAUCACAGGUGAAGGCACGGGCGCCCAAGGCAUCGGCGCCCGCCCAGCCGGUCGAUGACAGCUCCGACGAUGGCGUCGAUAACCGCGAAUUCGCCCGUCAGCUGGGCCAACGUCAAGCAGGGCACUACUCUCAACGCGCUCAAGAAGAGCGACGAGAAGCGGCAGAAAUAAGUCUCGGUCCGUUCUCACGUUGCGUGAUGCCGAUGACGACGAGUCUCACUCUCUCGCCCGAGAUCAAGGCUGCCGAUGCCAGUGGUGUCAGCGAUAUGCUUGAGCCCAAGGCCGGCGAGUCCCUCGGUCCUCCGCCUCACCGACACCGACAAGGCCAAGCUAAGAAGGAGAAGAAGGCCCAAGGAGCCCGAGAAGACCGAGACCAAGAAGCAGCGCCCAGAAUCGCCCUGAAGGCCGAGGCCGCGAAGGCUCUCCGUGAGGAGUCGGAGAAGCAGAGAAAGGUCGACCUGGAGGCCCAGAGACGCCAGGCUCGCAUCGCCGAAGGCCGGCCCGCCCAGGACGGCUCCGUCUCUAUGGCACAGGCUCAGCAAUCCGUCUGGACGGAGAAGGGCGCCAACGGCACCUCCAGCACUAACAGCGGCUACCUCCCCGUGCAACCCCUUGACACCUUCGAUACCAGCAGCUACACCGACGUGUCGGCUCCUAAGAGCGAGACCGCUAAGAGCGCGGUUCCUGCCAAGAACAACUUGGCUGACAGCUGGAUUUCGACCUUGCCCUCCGAGGAGGAGCAGAUGGAGAUGCUCCGUGACGAGGAGGCCUGGAACACGGUGUCGACUAAGAAAACCAAGAACAAGAAGAAGGAGGCCGCCGCUGAGAGCCCGAUCGACUCGGAGCCCACGAUUAUUCAGCCGCCGCCCGCCGCCAAGGCCGCAACCGCGAGCAACGGCACCAGCGCUGCUCCCAAGCAGCCCGCGAAGGUGUUCUCUCAGCAGUCGGCCUUUGCUGCGCUGAGCACAACCGACCCCGAGGGCGAGGAGGAGAACGAGUGGGACGUCUAA